GAUCUGAAACCUAAUCUCACUCUCCGUUACUCGCAUUCGCGUAAACGAUACAUUUCCAAAUCGAUCAUUCAAAAAGAAAAAGAUGGCGACGGUGUCACCUCUCGCCAAGUAUAAGCUCGUUUUCUUAGGCGAUCAAUCGGUUGGAAAAACCAGUAUCAUCACACGUUUCAUGUAUGACAAAUUCGACACUACCUAUCAGGCUACUAUUGGCAUUGACUUCUUGUCGAAAACAAUGUACCUUGAAGAUCGAACGGUUCGUUUACAGCUUUGGGAUACUGCAGGGCAAGAAAGAUUUAGAAGUCUAAUUCCAAGCUACAUAAGAGAUUCUUCUGUUGCAGUUAUUGUAUAUGAUGUAGCCAACCGGCAAUCAUUUCUGAACACUAACAAGUGGGUUGAGGAGGUACGUCAAGAACGAGGCAGUGAUGUUAUUAUUGUCUUAGUUGGAAACAAAACUGAUCUUGUUGAUAAAAGGCAAGUUUCUAUAGAGGAAGGAGACGCCAAGUCUCGUGAUAGUGGAGUCAUGUUUAUAGAAACCAGUGCUAAAGCAGGCUUCAAUAUCAAGCCUUUGUUUCGAAAGAUUGCUGCAGCAUUGCCGGGGAUGGAUAGUAUGUCUUCUACAAAACAAGAAGACAUGGUUGACGUAAAUUUGAAACCCACUGUGAAUUCAUCGCAGUCAGAUCAACAAGGAGGAGGUUGUGCGUGCUAAAGAAACUCUGUUAACGAAGGUGCUAAUAUAAAUCUAUUAACUUGGCACAAUUAUUGGUUUGUAUGCUUGUGGUGGUGGAAAUGUUAAACGUGCAUGAUUAUAUUGGUGAGGGGGCAAAUCGCAAUAUACACAAAUCUGGUAGUUAUUUAUUUGAUUUUAUUUAUUAUCUAUUAUACAGUUAGACCCUAGAUGUAAGAGCACAGGUAAUAAAGUACUAGUAUAGAAAUUUUGUUAGUGGUAGACAUGAAGGAAGCACUGUGUUAGUUCUGACGGCUUAUGCGUGAAGAGAAAGCUUCAAAGUUCAAACUGAAGGUUGGGUUAGAAUUUCUAGAAAAUGGUUACAUGCUUAAAUAGAGGAACGUUAUAUGCUCCACCAAAGCUAGUUCAUAUACGAGGGUAAAAUGCACUUUUAUUCUUGAUGUUCAGUCAAUGUGCAUUUUAUCCUCUAUAUUUUAGAAACAAUGCAUCAAACCCCUUGUGUUUAUUAAGUGCACACCCCCACUGACAAACUAUUGGAGAAGUGGUUGCAAAAUGAAAAUUUGACAAUUUGGAUGUAGUGCACAAAAUUUAAGGGGUUAGAAUGCACGUGUUCCAAAUCAAAAGGAUACAAUGUACAAUGCACAUUGAUUAAACUUUUGGACGUAAGUAUGCAUUUUCCCCUAUAAUAAAAUAAGGACCUGUUAAUUUUGAUGAA